UGUAUGCCCUUUUUAAAAGUUAGUUAAUAUAAAGCCGCUGCGUCGGCGUUUUUGUUAACCGGUUGCUUGGAUACCGGAGAUGGGACAGUCUUGCCUGCGCGAGGACCUGUUUGUGUUUAUUGAAGCUAGCAGGUUGCUACUAACUCAGCUUCGCGUUAGUCACUAAAUUAGAUUAAAAAAAUGUCUGACAACGAGGGAGAACAAGGCCCGAAGAGCACGUUUUCCACCUACAUGGCCGAAGCCGACCAACUUUUUCACAAAGGCGAAUACAGCAAGGCUGUUGAAAGCUAUUCUACGGCUCUGCUAUUACAGCCGGGCGACAGGAACUGUUUGGUUGCCAGAUCGAGGUGUUAUGUGAAAAUGGGUGAGGCUGAAAAUGCUCUGAAGGACGCAGAAGCUUCUCUCAAAGAUGACAAAAGCUUCUUCAAGGGUUUGUAUCAGAAGGCAGAGGCUCUGUAUACUAUGGGGGAUUUUGAAUUUGCACUGGUCUUCUAUCACCGAGGCCACAAACUGCGACCAGAGCUGCAGGAGUUCAGACUGGGUAUACAGAAAGCUGAGGAAGCUAUCAGCAACUCUGUGGGAAGUCCUUCAUCUGUAAAGCUGGAGAAUAAGGGUGAUCUGUCUUUCUUCCAUAAAGUAGAUGAGCGCAAAAAGGCUCGACCAAAGUCUUUUAUCCAUCUCCUGAAGAAGGAACCGAGUGAGCGAAGCCAAAAGACACCAAAGAGUGAAAGAACAGCUAAACAGCUCCUGGGAGAGCUGUACACUGACAAAGAAUACCUGGAAAAGCUGCUCAAAGAUGAAGAUCUAAUAAAAGGUAAGACACGUACUGGGGAGAGGCUGCAGGACGUAAUCAUGAGCUGCAUAUCGUAUCUGGACACACGCACCGAGUUUUGGCGGCAGCAGAAACCUAUCUAUGCCCGCGAGCGUGAUCGAAAGCUCCUACAGCAGCAGUGGAACCGCACACGGAGCCGUCCUCCCUCAGACCCCAACUUCUGCGUCCUCAAAAACCUGGAGGAGAUAGACACAGAACUGACUGCAGGUAACACAAAGAAUGGCCUAAAGAAGGCCCGAGAGGUGCUGAAGACGGUGCAAGGCUGGUCUGACAAAGCUCUGCCCAAUAAGGCAGAAGUGCUGGGAAACCUGUAUAGUUGCAUUGGUAAUGCACUGAUGGAUCUGGGAAACAUGGACAAGGCCCUGGAGAACCAUUUUAAAGAUCUGGAGCUGGCCCAGCAAGGUAAAUUGACGGACAGUAAGUCCAGGGCUCUGGACAACAUCGGCCGAGUGUAUGCACGCAUCGGCAAAUUCCAGCAAGCCAUAAAAAUCUGGGAGGAAAAGAUCCCUUUGGUACAAGGUGGGCUGGAGAAGGCGUGGCUGUUCCAUGAGAUCGGCCGCUGUUAUCUGGAGCUGAAGCGUCACACCAAGGCCAGAGACUAUGGCAUUCACUCACUCAGUGCUGCGGAUGACAUCGGUGAUGAGAAAUGGCAGCUCAAUGCCAGCGUGCUAGUGGCGCAGGCUGAAUUGAAACUGGGUAACUAUAAGUCCAGUGUGUUGCACUUUGAGAAGGCACUGAACCAGGCUAAACUGCUGCAGGACGACGAUGCCAGAGAUGCCAUCCAGAAGGCUCUUCAAGAGACAAGACAGCAAGUGUUCCAGUGAGAGCAGAUGGAUUCAGUUGGCGUGACCCCUCUGAACGACUAUGAAAAAAAAAAUUAAAUGAAUGAAUCAAAAUUACUGCUUGUGCUCAUUCCUACAUCCACUAGAAUAAAUCUUGGUAUGUGUUUAA